GAGGUGUAGGGAUGUUGGGCAGUGUGAGGUUCAACAGAGCGCGGACCUGAUUGGGUAGAAUGUGGGCUAGGGCAGGUGCAGUUCGUCGCCGGCCGGAACGGGAGGGAGUUGUUGAGAGGGGCGAAGAUAAGAUGGCCGCGGAAGCCAUAGAGCUGCACAAGUUGAAGCUUCCUGAGCUGAAGCAAGAAUGUUUAGCCCGAGGACUGGAAGCAAAAGGAAACAAACAGGAUCUCAUCAACAGACUCCGGACCUAUCUUGAGCAACAUGCGGAGGAGGAAGCAAAUGAAGAAGAUGUCUUGGGAGAAGAAACAGAGGAAGAAGAACAGAAACCAGUAGACACUCCUAUCAAAGAGGAAGUACCUAUUGAGAAAUCUACUGAAGAGGGUGCAGAAAAGAAAGUGGUGAAAAUUACUUCAGAAAUUCCACAGAUGGAGAGAAUGCAAAAAAGGGCAGAGAGAUUCAAUGUUCCUGUGAGUUUGGAAAGUAAGAAGGCUGCACGAGCAGCUCGGUUUGGUAUGCUUACAGCUGCAACUAAAGGUCUGGCUGCAGAAAGUAAGACUACAGUAAAUAUGGACAAACUAAAAGAAAGAGCUCAGAGAUUUGGCUUGAAUGUUGCCACAGUCUCCAAAAAGACUGAAGAUGAUGAGAAACUCAAAAAAAGAAAGGAGAGGUUUGGUAUUGUAACAAGCUCAGCUGGAACAGGAACCACAGAGGACACAGAGGCAAAGAAGAGAAAAAGAGCAGAACGUUUUGGCCUCGUCUGAUGGUCCUCCUCUUAGGUUUUACCUGUUUGAGGUGUAUCUUUGACCCAUUCUUGUUCUUCAUCUCUAAUAAGGAAAAUAGUUUUCCUCCUCCUUGGCUUUGCAUUUUAAAACUAGCUAUUCAGUUGUGCUUUUCUUACUUCGGACUAGGAAACAAAUUUUCAGAGCAUAGAAUGAAAGUAUUCUUUUUGUGUUUGUAACAGCUUAAAUUCUCUGGCAAAUUCUAUCAGCCACUUGUAUCCAGUUUAUGCCAUUGCAAAGUAGAGUGUACAAAAUGUCCAACUUAGUUCGUUUCUUCUACAGAGUGGAAACAGCUGCAUAAAAUAAAAUAAAAAUUAACCAAGUGUGGAAGUAGGAGGAAUAUGAAGAUUUUUGUUGCAUCACUCAGAGCUCCAGAUUGAAGUUGGUCAGCAGUACGUAAAUCAAGAGCUGUCUAAACCUUCCCUGCCAUUUUCCUUAGGCAUUCAUUGUCAUUAAUUCAAUUUUCACAUUGCCCAUGUCCAAGAAACAGCUGCCUUCUUCUAUUCUCACUCUUUAACAAAAUAACUCCUCAAGUUCAUCUCUUUCAGCAGACUGUCCACAAUCUGAUACUAAGAAUAUUUUUAUACUCAACAUCAAAGCACUUCUCUCCUUGGGCUCUGCUACAAGUCCGUUCACAUCAGACCUUAUGAAGAUGUUAGGUGUGCUAUACACCUAGCCUGGAAGGGUGAAAUGUAGUCCUCAGUUGAAAAUAUAAGCCAUGCUUUGUAUAACUUUUGCAGCUCACAUGUAUUUUAAAGGAUGCCUUUGGACUACACAAUGGGAUUAAUUUCAUCUGCCUGUGACUGACUGAAGUUUAGAGCAUCCCAAGAUGAAGGAAGUUCAAUAUCCAUGUAUUUAGCAACUGCGCUUCUCAGCCUCUUGCUCUGUUGGCAAUGCAAUUUUAGAACCAUGCCUUUGAAUGUGUUUUCUUAAGUUUAACUCAUCAGUUUCCUUCUUUGGGAGCAUUUUCGCUUAGUAUAGGAUUAUAAAACUGUAAAAAUGAUAGCUGUUAAAGGAACUGUUGUAAUAUAAAAUUCAUGUUCAAAGUUGUCUUUUACACAGCUUUUAGUCCCUAGCUAAUAGUGUUAUACAGGGCAAUAUCCAGACUAAGUUAGUUAUAACUAAGUUCCAUUGAAAUUAAUGGGUGUUAAAUUAGUCAUGACUAACUUGUCUCAUUGAUUUCAGUGGUGAUUAGUCAUAACUAACUAGUCUGGAUAUUGCCUACUGUUCUUAUGUUCAUGAAUUUAAAGCAUUUUUGAGAGACUUGAUGUUUCCAUUUGCACUGUUGUUGCAGUGUAUAAAAGGUAAUGAAUCGGAGUGAACAUCAUGUCUAUCAUUUAGUUGCAUCUCAUUUUCUUGCAGUUAACUUAGUCAUACUUCCUUGUGAAAUACAGUGAUAGCUCAACAAAAGUAUCCUUCUAUCUCACUGCAGUCAUCUAUAUUUAAAGCUGUUCAAAGUUUUUCAUUGUAAAAAUCAAGCAGCUUUUAGCUGAUAAUACAGAUCUGUUUGAUCUGUUGUAGAGGGAAGACAUUGAGGCUAUUCUCAUGAGCAGCCUAACCCAGGCUAGGGCAACCUAGCCUGGAUUAGGCCGCUCGUGUGGAGCUCCGGGAGUGCGCCCUUAACCCUGGCACCAGGGUCGUGUGUGUGCUCAGGCUGCACACAGCCUGAGCACACACACAGUUGGGUGCCUAGUGCGCCCAAUUAAUGGUGGAUUCCCCCAAUGCACUGCGCUCAUUGCACGGUACAUGGUGAGAUCCUUGGAGGCCAGGGCUAGUUUUCCCAGCCUCCAGCAGACUGUGUGGGCCCUCAACGGUGCGCUGAAGAGGAGGCUGCAGAUCGUCUGGGUGGAAGGGAGGUUCAAGGGUGGAAGGGAGGUCCUGCCUGCCGCUGCCACAGUCCUGCCUGUGUCAGCCUGCCACAGUCCUGCCACUGUCCUGCCUGUGGCAGCCUGCCACUGCCACAGUCGUGUGAACAACCUUAUUGUCUAAUAAAUUUCUUCUGCAUACUUUCUUGUUGGUCAUAGACUUUUAAACUGUUAUUAGUUGUCUUUUGAAUCAUUUGGGUUUUUUGGAGGAGGUUUUUUUUUAAAAAAGAAAUUAUCAUCUUUCAUUUUCUUGAAAGUUGUAGGACGUUUAUUUUUCUUGUUACCCACACCCAGCCCCUCCCUUUUGUGUGCAGUGUAGAUUAAACACAUAUUAGAAAAAUCAUUGACUGACUCUUCUUGAUCCUUCCAGUGUGCUCACAUUCUACACUAUUCGUGCUAUCUCUGAGCAAUAUUCUAAUGCUGUAUUUAGGUCCUGGGGGAUUGGUGAUCUGGUCAACAACCCAGUUUCUCAAAAUGCAUAUUCUACUUUUAUUCUAAUUUUAUUUUGUAUGUUGAAUUUUGUAAUAUGUGUUUUCUACUCAUCACCUUUCAGCAGUAUGGUUAUUUGCUUGAAAUGCUUUGUAGUGUAUGUUCAAACCAGAACUGCAUUUCAUUCUUGGUUUCAUAAUAAAAUUGUUUCUUCAAGGCA